UAUGAACAUGAACUACUUCCUCUCCAAACAACCUUACCCAUAGGCUUAACCUAACCUAACCUAUCAUAAGACGUGUUAAUUCCCUUUAUAGCUGGUAAAUAUAAUUUCACUAAAGCUCAAAAUUUGUUUUGUUUUCAAUUAUUGCAGUGGAACAUUUGAGCUACUUGUUGACAGGAAUCAUAACGACGGAACGGGAGAGUUCUCACGAAGUGUUCGAAAUUUACGUCUUGAAAAUGUUCCCACAAGUAUUUACUGUAAUUACUUACAACACGUGGGUAGCUGUGCUGGUUUUAGUCAUAAAUUCCGUGUCGACUCUCACCCUCUGUUUCUCGGACCAGAUCAUCAUCAUGGGCAGUUUAGCGCUGGGAAAUUACUUUCAGAUAUUCAACGACCGCAUGAUAACACACAAAGGCAAGAAAUUGACGUCGGAUCAAUGGAAGACCUUGAGAGUGGACUACACGCGGCUGUGCAAUUUGGCCAGACUACUGAACGACUACUUAUGCCAUUUGCUGUGCGUGUCUUUGAUAUUACACCUGUACAUCAUAUGCGUAGAAUUGCACCAGGGCGUCGUGUAAGGAUGUUUUCCGUGUAGUGUUAAGUUAAUACAUAAUAUUUAGUGCUUAUAAAGGUUUAUAGGCUUAAGGGGGUUCUAAACGGACUGCUUUCAUUUUAACGUAUACACUGCAGCAGAUCGAUUUAAUCACGCGACAAGGAAUUCAAAAACGGGUUUAAAUAUUCGGAUGCGUUUCACCAGCCCUCUCAUCUAGUUGGUCCUCUAUGGCUUGUUUUUGUAUGAGCAUUAUGGAAAAUAUCGAAUAAGAAUAAACCUUCAUUUUUCUAGAAGUAUUUAUCAUUUUUCUUUCACCAGGUUUAAAUGGAACAAUAAGUUGGUGGAGCUCCAUGGAGAGACAUUUUUUUAACGACAUCAUAUCGUUUCAAUAACUUACACGUGGCUCAUUGUCUACUCUCUUUUCCCUUAAAUUUGAGAACGUCUUCAACAUAUUUAUUAUAUUUUUCAGAACACAUAUAGUCACUGUUGUUUCUCAUUUUGCACUUCUAGUGUUAAAUUUGUCGUAAAAAACUUUUCGUAUGUCUAAUUAUACGCGUUAAAAAAUAGUUACACAAUCGUAGCACAAUUUAAUUACAACAGACCGUCAGCACGUUCCUGUAAGAAAUGCGAAUAGAUAAGAUGUGACAAUAAGCUAAGAUUAUUAUACAAUACUGUGUCAUGAUGUGUCGAACGCGUCCCGACUCCUGCCCCUUUCAAUUCCGGAGAUCCAUGCCCCCAACGCCGAUAGCAAGUGUCAAGUAGUCAAUUAUCAAUAUGAGACUCAAAAUUCAAACACUCAUUGUGAAUUAAUAUGAAUAAGAAUUUACACGUCCAUACAAACGAACAUUUAUAAGCAAUAACUGAUAAUUACUAUGAAAGUCGAAUUUACUAUAAUUCUAACAAUCACCGGUGGCUGCAGGUAUAUUUUUAAUAUUCAUUCAAAAUUCUGAUAUAUUUCACUCAAAACUGUUUAAAAGUUUAUCUUAAUCUGAUGUUCUGAUAUAGUUUAAAUGUCUGAUUAGUGAUUACUGAUUACAUUUAUAUUAUAGGUACAUAUUCUUGAUUCACUAAAUAUUACAAUUUAU